AUGGAAACAGCUCUGGGUAUCACGAAUCAGAUCUUGGGACCACAGUUGCAGAAAAGAAGGUCUCGAAUCCUGAAGACAGACUUCGAGAAUCUUCAGCAGAGCCUGAUUGGAGGGGAGGAGGAGGUGGGGGUGGAGAAAGGUCUGCAAUACCCACUGGGGCCUCGGGGCGAGCGGAUCCGCUGCAAAACUGCAGCCAAGCCCGGGUCGCGCACGCAACUGCCUCGGCGAAGGGUUACGCCGGCCCCCGGAGUCCGGGCCGGCCCGGCGGGCUCGGGAGAGGAAGGGCUGCCGGGGGCGCCGCCGCUGCGGUGGCGAGUGCGUGGGGGAAGGGGCCCUUACUCACCCGGGCCGGCCGCCUCCGCCUCCGCCGCCCCGGCCGCCGCCUCGGCGGUCCAUCCCUGCGGCGGGGGCCUGCAGCCGCAGCGCUCGAGUCACAACCGCCGGCUGGGCCGGCCCCUCCCCCCUGCCCAACGUCUGUUCUCAGGGCCGCUCCUCAGACUCGGCCUCGGUUGCUGCCGUCGCCGCCGCAGCGCUACGUGGCCGUCGCUCCGACGUCUCGCGACUCCCUUCCGAGCGCGCGAGGGCGAGCGGGGCCGGCGGGGCGGGCAGCGCGGGGCGGGCGGCAGGGGUGGGGGUGUGCGUGUGUGGAUGUGUGUGCCGGAGGGGGCAGGGAGAGAGGAGAGCGACAGCGAGGACGCGCGCGCGCGCACCCGCGCGCGCGGUCCCUUCCCUUGGCCGCCCCCCCCGCCCAACAGGGAUCCCGACACCUCCCUCCGCCCGCCCCCUCGGCAUCCCGGCCUCUGGGAGCGGCGGCGCGCAUGCGCAGCCCUCGGGCCGGCCCGGGCGCACCUUUUCGGCCUCCUGCCACUUUGUGAGCGCUCAGCAGCCCAGAUAACCGCCGGCUCCCCGCGCCACCCCCGCCCUCUCCUACUCCGCCCACUCCCGGACGCCCAGAAGCCUGGGACUUGCCCCUGUGAUCUGCUGCUUUGGAGGGUCUUGGGCCUCAGGGCUGCUUCCUGAGUCUACCCUUCUGUGUUGUCCCACAUCUCCUUGAAGCCAGAAGAUGUCCCCAAAGGUUGCCACUCUCCACAUGGACAGCAGGUAUUGAGGAAGGAAACUGGGUCUCCACCUGCAGCCUGCACCUCCCUUUUCCUAGGGGUACGCGCUGUCUGCCAGGACCAUGCACUUUGUGGAAUUCCACUCACUCACACCCACUCCUCACACUGUUGUUCACAUUCCCUUCUAGUCUCUCUGCCCAUCUCAUCUCGGCAGGCAGGGACAUGUCACCACUGGAAGCCUCGUGUUAGCAAAUGCGCACACAGCACACACGUACACACCUUUCCCUGUCUCUGAGCCAUUGUCUGGCCCUCUGCCCCUGGGCCUGGCCCAUCUUUAUGAGAUCCAGAGAUCCAGGCUUUUCCUAUCCUGGGAUGCUGAAUCUGGCCUCUGACGGGAGGGAGCUGGGCUUCUUGCACGUCUGCAUUGCUGCCUUCCCUCAGGGAGCUGGGGAAGAUCCACCCAUAUGGCAGAACCUCCAGAGAGACGCGAAACCAGGAGCCUGACCUCAUGGUGCCCACAGUGCCUGGCACAGAGGGUACCAGUUCUGCUGUCCUGGCUACAGCCCAGUUUUCUCUUCUAGAAUCCACACCUUCUCUGGCUCCCCUCCAGGCCAGUGAGAUCUGCCCUAACUGAGGACAGGCAUGGUCUAGUGAGUGGGAAGUGAUGGGGGAGGGAAGGAAUCUCUGCUACAAAAACUUGGUCAAAUCAUUCCCUGCCUCUGCGCCUCAGUUUCCCCUUGAAAAAUUCUUCAGAGUUAGGAAGGAGUUCAGCACUGGGAGAGAAACCCAUAGUCACGCUGUGUUCU